GGAAGGCGCUGGGCAAAGCACGUUUAUGAUCUAUCUCCUCACCUUCGAGCGAGUUUCUCGCUGACAGCGGCGCUGCGCGGACGUCGGAAUUCCCACCAGGAGAUCCGUGGCUGCCGUGGGGAUCGCAGCGGGCAGAGAGAAGGCCGGGAGAGAAUGGCUCCUCCGCUGCAGGAGACCGCGUCGGGAGUGGGGUCGGGAGCGGGAGUUGAGGAGAAAAGGGCCAACGGGGGCGGCGAGGUCCGUUCCCGCCGCUUCUUCACCUGGGAGGAGAUCCAGCAGCGCUCGGGUCGGAUCAAGCCCGAGCGGUGGCUGGUGAUCGACAGGAAAGUCUACGACAUCAGCAGCUUCCACCGGCGGCACCCGGGAGGCUCCAGGGUGAUCAGCCACUAUGCCGGGCAAGACGCCACGGUGAGAGUGGUGUGCGGGUUGUGCUCCUCUUCCUCCUGGGGGGGGGGGGGGGUUGCAGGUCGCGGCGGGGAAUCCCUCGUAGCCCUGGAUUACCAAGUGCGCAAGGCGGAGAUGCGGAUUACCAGUCGCUCUUUCCUGGGACCGGCAACUUUUGGGGUGGUUCUAGAACGGAGUUAUCCUGGUGAAUGACGGGAUGCGCGUAGAGGUCGUGUGAACGUUUCAGCUUGGCAAUAGUUGGCCCCCCUGCCCUGACGGUUUCUUCCUGGCGCUCUCAUAGCUGGUGCUUCCCUCCUCAGGAGGGGAUGGUCUCAAAACUACCUGUCAAUAUCCUUUUGCUGCGUCUUUGUCUUUUAUUUCAUACUUGCUAAUUAGCUGUUACUAUUAAGGCCUCAAGCGUAGCAUAAUGAGUUCCAUAUCAGAUCAGUAAUGUGUAGGUUUAUCUCGGUCCAGCGGAAACGAGCAGGCACUGCACAGGCCUUUCUUGUGCUAGGCCUGCCUGGGAGCCCAGGGCCUUUCCAACAUGCAGGCCCAGCAGCGCCCACUGCUCCCCCCCCCCCCCAGAUAAGGUGCUGGCCCCAUGUUCACCUUUGGUCAGUCUUCAUUGAGCCACUAAGGUUGGGGGAAUCCUCUUCCAGGGCCCCUGUGGGGCAGUGUGAGGGGGCACCUAUCUUUGGGGUGGGGUGGGGCAGCUCAUAGACCAGGGGCAGCAGCAGUGGCUGCCCAGAGGACUCCCAAGGAGAGUGGAGAGAAGGCUGAGGGAAGACUCCACAAGGGAGGGUGUUUGAAAAAGGGUGAGAGGCUGCUAGCUCUGCAGGCAAGGGGUGACAUAACUGGGCUCCUGAGUCCCACGGGGUGCUGCAGAAAGAAGGUAGCUGGUCAAGGGAGCCGUGGACUCAAAAAAGUUGAAAACCUGUGCAUUUUGGCAUUGAGUUACCUAUAAAUAAAUAGUUUUCUUCUCAUCAAAUAUAUGAAGAUUCACUGUCAGCUUCCCUGAGUCCUACAUAAAAUAAGCCUAAUCCAUCCUUGGAAAUAUGCCAGCCACAUUUACUCAUCAUGCAAAUUUUUCUAGCCCACCAGUCCAUGUGUGUGUCUGUGUGUGUGUGUGUGUGUGUUAGUUAUAUGUGAUCCCAAAGAUAAAAACUGACUUUUAUAACAACUCUUGGGUUGUGUGGAGGUGUGUGUGUAUAUAUAUAUAGUAGUUUUCAUUUAUAUACAUUUCAGUUAGUUGUUUUACAAUAGUUGUAACAUUUAAAACCUCGAUUUCCUUCCUUCUCUUUCUGCGGUUCCUUAAAUUUAUUUUCAUCAUUUCCUGCAUAUUCUAAAUUAACUUAUUCUUUUAUUCAUUUAUUUUAAUUAUAUAUUCUUUCGAAACUGCAGGUUAUUUUAAUAAUCCUGCCAAUGUCUUUAUCUGUUUACAAUUUUUUUGUAAAUAUUCAAUAAACCAUUUCUGUCCUUUUACAAAAAGUUCGUUAUCUUGACUUCUUAUUCUUCCGGUAAGUUCCGCUAUUUCUGCAUAGUCCUGCAUGGAGAUAAUUUUAAUUUACCAUAGGUGAUAAAGCAAAUAUUUAAAAGCCUGGUUUCUUGCCUAUGUGCUGAUUGUUGUGGAAGGAGGCAUGCGGCCACACAUAUAAGAAAUGGGUGUAGCAUAUAUACAUGUGCAUACAGGAGAUGUUAAAUCAUCACACUAGUGGUGAGAAGGAUGCUAAUAAAUAAAGAAAUGGGUUGUGAAUGAAUGACCAUAUAUGUGUAGUAGAAAAGAUGUGACUCUGUCUCUUAAAAUAUUGCAUUACUUUUAAGCAUUUAAGAAGUAUACAUGUACCCACAGAGCAGAGAGAUCAAUGGAAUGGAAAAGACGACACAUCUUAAGACCCAUAGAUGCAAAGUCAAGAAAAGAUUAAAUACUUUUGUCUAGUAUAGUAUAUGAGACCUGUGCUUAGGCUGGAGAUACGUCGUGUCUGUGAUAUAAAGGGGAGGGAUUUAAGAGUUGUUUCAUCACAGUACAAAAUUCCUACAUAGAAUUUUACGUUGAAAAGAAUGCACAAGACAGGUCCCCCUCCCCCCCCCCCAUGCACAACUGUUGAGAAACUACCCUCAACUGCAGGGUGAAUGAAAAGUAGUGGAGAAAAGAAACAGAUUCUGGACCUGGAAGUAACACAGGCCAUGUUACCUUACACACUAGCAUGAAAACAACAGAUAUGAAUGUAGAUGAGGUGCACAGCCAACACUCCUUCAACCCUCAAAUGAAAAUGGGUGCAAAUAAGCUGUGUAGCACAUGCAGCAAAUUCUUUGUUUUGAAGCUACUUUUCAUAUCUCACUUCUACCUAGAUGUAUGCUUGCCUUUCAUUCCAUCCCAAUUUUAUGCUUCUUUUUCUCUCCCAGGAUGCAUUCACGGCAUUCCACCUUCAUAGGGAUUAUGUAAGCAAGUUCUUGAAUCCCUUGCUGAUAGGAGAAUUGGCACCAGAUCAACCUAGCUCUGAGUCCAGCAAAAAUGUAAGUUGGGCAUGGGAAACAAUUUAUAUGUCUAUCAUUUUUUUACCUUUACACUGGAAGAAAGCAGGGAAAGCAGAAUUCCAUUCCGCAUUGCAUAUCACUAUAUGGUGCACAUAAUAUUGCACCACUAAAGAGUGGUUUAUGUUCUGUUGUCAGCAGAGGGGACGCAUCUCAUCUGCAUUUCAAAACAGGAAAGCUAAGACUACAUUGUGACUGAGAGCUCAUCCACACUUCUGGUUGGUCCAUGAUUCCUAGGGUAUGGGUCCAAGAGGUUUUUCUUUCGUCCUGCUGCUUUACUGUUGAAUUGGAGCAAACAUCAGUUGGGUGUUCUGUGGAUUGACGUUUGUUCUGAUUCAGCAGUAAACAGCGGAAUUUAAGAAAAACCUCUCUGACCUGUGUCUAGAAGUCAUGGACCAAACGGAAGAAGUAAUGGGACAAAUGGAAGUGUGAAUGAGCCUUCAGACAGUAUGGCAAACACCCGAAAUAAAUAAUAUUUCCUGUUUUCUCCUUUAACUAGGCUUACAAUCCAUUCCUAUCCCUCAUUAUGUAAUGCAGGUGUCAGGGAACCUUUGCUCUUCCAGAUACAGUGGUUAAGAACUUAAUUCAUUCUGGUGAAACUGUUCUUAACCCAAGGCACCACUUUAGCUAAUGGGGCCUCCUGCUGCUGCUGUGCCGCCAUGCAAUUUCUGUUCUCAUCCUGAAGCAAAGUUCUUAACCCGAGUUACUAUUUCUGGGUUAGCGGAGUCUGUAACCUGAAGCGUCUGUAACCCGAGGUAUCACUGUAUUGCAGGGCUACAACUCCCAUCAUCCCCAGCAAGCAUGGCCAAUGGUCAGGGAUAAUGGGAAUUGCACUCCAGCAACAUAUGGAGGGUCGUAGAUUCCCUGCUGACCCACAGAAGAAAGAAAAUUAAUAUGUUUAGAUCUCUUAUUGAACAAACUCAUCUGUGAACUAAAAUUCACAAGAGAAUCUUCCUUGUUGCACUUUACUACAUAAGCUGUAAAAAAAAGGUAAAGGACCCCUGGACAGUUAAGACAACUUUCCGGGUCAUGUGGCCGGCAUAACUAAACUACUUCUGGCACAACAGGGCACCAUGACGGAAGCCAGAGCACAUGGAAACGCCAUGAACUGCUAGGUUGGCAGAAGCUGGGACAGAGCAAUGUGAGCUCACCUUGUUGCGCAGAUUGGAACUGCUGACCUUCUGAUCAGCAAGCCCACAGGAAGCCUGCACUUCCCUCAGUCGCUUUUUGCCUUCUGUUAUCCAACACUUUUCAAAGUUUGUUUGCUACACUUAGGGGUAUAACUAACUAACUAACACACACACACACACUGAUUUGGGGCUACAAUGGCCAAGCCAAAAGUUGUGGCCACCUUACAAUCUGGAUGCAGACAAGCAAGCAUUUCCAUAAAUCAGCAAAGGCAUUUUCCACCCCUGCACCCUCCUUUCCUUUCCAGGAGGCAAGGGAGAGGUGAGCAUUCCAGCCUUGGCUGAUAAUGGGGGAAGGGGUUCAGUUCCACCUAGCAGCUGCUGCAGGAGUCUCCCUCUCUUCUCAACUUCUCUGUUCUGCAGGAAAGAGGCAGGGGAGCCUGUGGGCUUCAGCUCAUGUUGAUAGUGAACCCCUGCCACUCUGCCGAACAGUAGCUGCAUCUGCCUCCUCACCUCCUUUUCCUGCGAGAAAGGGAGAUUGUGGAGGGUGGUAUACUUCCAGCCCCUCACCCUCAGCUUUCCUCCAAAACUUGCAUCUGGUGAGGAUGCGGGAAUCACUGUGGAUCUGCCAUAAUGACGCUUCCACAUCUCUGCAGCUUGAAUCCUGGGAAGAAGGCUCAUCAGAGAGCAGUACCACGGUUCAUACAGAUAGCGUAAUUGUCAAAGACUGGUUGGUAAAUGGUGAUCUAAAGAAUGGGAAUGAACUUCUGGAAACACUACAAUUGUAACAGGGAGACUACAUGGGCUCCCCGGCCAUAUAUUUCUCCAAAGGCUUAUAAGCAUUCAUGUUGAGAAGGCGAGAAGACUUUUAAUGGCAUAAACAGUGGCAUAACCGAGCCUGUGCUCAGGACAGAUGACAGUUUGUGGUCUCUCUUCACUGCCACAACUCAAUGUGCACAGCUGGAAGCUUCUCCCUGUGCCACAGGAAUCACCAGAGGAUUUAGUGAUGCGACUAGUACCGUGGAGAGCAAGUAUGGGGGACUUGUGGUCCUCCAAAUGUUUUUGGACUCUUAACUCCCAUCAUCCGUAGCCAGUGUGGCCCAAUGGAUGAUGGGAGUUGGAGCCCAACAACACCCGUAAGUGGCUGGCGCUCUUUCUCCCUGUUUUCAUUUGAUGCAUUCCAAUGUUACGUGUGUGUGUGUGUGUGUGUGUGUGUCUGGGACAACUGGUUGCUAUUCUUUGUUUCCCCACAGAAAUUGCUAGUAGAAGAUUUCCGGGAGCUGCGGUCCACUGUUGAGAAGAUGGGACUUCUGAAGCCCAACACUCUUUUCUUCUUCCUGAUGUUCCUUCAAAUCAUGGUGCUGGAUGCUGCUGCCUGGUUUACCAUCUGGUACUUUGGAUCAUCCUUAGUGCCGUUCUUUGUGGGCGUUGCACUGUUUACCACCGCUCAGGUAGAAUGUCAGAGACACCAUUCCAUCUUCGAAACUGUUUUUUUUUACACAUUAUUAUUUCAAAAAUACCAUGGGGUUCAUGAAACCAGAACACAGUCCAAUGCAGCUAGCUCUUCACAGCACACUUGGGUUUGGGGUUGUUUGUUUGUUACCACAAAAACCAAAGCUAUUUCCUUAUGCUACAUUAUAAAGUACUUGUGGAACUCUGGAAAGUCUCUAGAGAACUUUGCUGUUUGAAAAUCCGUAUUCAGACAGGGUAGUUUAUCCAUGCACUUAUAGUUUAAUAGCCUCACCAAGAAUCAGACACAAAAUCUGUUUUCAGUUUCAUGGGUCGACCCUGGUAAAUAUGGGGGUGUUGUUGUUUCUGCAUGGGCAUAAUCUUAGUAAAGAAGGAAAAGCCUUCUAGACCCUUCUAGCACCUAUUACAUCCCCUUAUGCCAGCUUCUUUGACCUAGGGAGUCAAACUGCCCCCUCUUCCAACAAACAAAGACGCAAUAUACACAGACUUAGAGCCUAUUGUGUAAGGCAGAGGUGAGGAAUCUGUGACCCUCCAGAUGUUGUUUGACUUCAGCUCCCAUCAGCCCCAGGGACUUGAAUCUUUCAAGAAAAAUAGUCUAGGAGCCCCUAAAAGCUUUUAUGGAGCUGUGGCAUUGGAUUGUGAUUGAUGGAUAUAUUUAAAUAGCAUGAUUGAAUAUACUUACACUAGUUUAGAAAGGGAUCAUGGGGCAUGGGCUGUAAUAUUAGAAUUAAAGAGGUCAGGAAUUAAUGCUGGAGCCUGUUGUGACUAUUUUACUGCUUGCUGAUAGGGAGAAUAAUAUUUGUGUGUGUGUUUUGGUACUUGUAUUUUUUAACUGCUAUGUGAAGAACAAAUAUAUUAAUCACUUUCAUUGAUUCAAUUUGUGUAUUUAAUCAUUCAAAAGGGCAUCCCCAAUUAGUUGAGAAAUUCUUUGCCUUGGUUCAGAUCAGCAUCAUAUAGACAAUCUUCAGGCCUGUUAGCUCCACCCUCUGCUUUUCUGGUACAGCUGCAAGGUGGAAAUAAGAAGCUUUUGUCUUUAACCUUAGUUUAGUGUUGUGUUCAUGCCAGGAUAAACUGUGGUUAGUCUGAACUAUGGUUACCUGAAACAAGCCAGACUCCAACCAUAGUUUAUGAAGUUGGCUUUUUUCAAAAUCAUAGUUAAUAACAGACACAACACUAAAGUGCCAUUAAUUGAAAACAGAAUUAAAAUUAUUCAGUCUCAUCUUUGUGGCCAUGCCAGAGCAGGAGAGAUGAGAGAGGAGCAAGCAAGCCCAUGGCUUGAGAAAGUACGUAAUCCUUAACGACAUAUUAGCAUUACAUCCAAACCAGGCCAUAGUGUUUCCCAGCUAAUUGGGGAUUCCAUUUGAGAUAAUUAAAGCCUGCAACCCUAAAAAUAAUUGCCUUUGGCAUGGAUGAUUUCCUGGGACUUCGUUAAAAUAAGAGUAAUUGCAUUGUUUUCAUUCUAUGUUUAGUUGUUGAAAUAAAUUAAAAAAUUGCCCAGUAGCAUCUUAGAGACCAACUAAGUUUGUUCUGGGUAUAAGCUUUCGUGUGCAUGCACACUUCUUUAGAUAUGCACACGAAAGCUUAUACCCAGAACAAACUUAGUUGGUUAAUUUUUUUAUUUAUUUUGACUGCGUCAGACCAACACGGCCACCUACCUGAAUCUAUGUUGUGCAAUGGAUCUGAGUUAUGUUUUCUAAAUGAUCCUCUUUUUUAUCUUACAGAAUCAAAUGUCCUGGUUGCAGCAUGACUUGGGGCACCUUUCAGUCUUCAGCACAUCCACAUUGAACCACUGGGUUCACAAGAUCUUAAUGGGCACAGUGAAAGUAGGUAUAUUUCCCCUUCUGAGUGGAAGCUGUCCUUUCUGACAGCCAGUGAGUUUGACUUCUGCUCUGUUUUCAACCCUGUGUUCUCCUCUCCUAUAGGGAAUGCCAGCCCAGUGGUGGAAUAACCUGCAUUUCCAGCACCAUGCCAAACCCAACUGUUUCCGUAAAGACCCUGAUCUCAACAUGCACCCCUUGGUGUUUGCUUUGGGGAAGAAGCUGGCUACAGAGGUACGUUUGCAAGGUGUAUGCUACUGAAGGGUUGCUUAGGAAAGCAGCCAGAAAGAGUGGACAGCCAAGAAUAAAGCUAUUGGGCAGCUUACAUGAGAGCCAUGAUUUUCAGCAGGAAAACGUCAGCAUGAAAAAUAUUUUAAAUUGUAUAAAAUAUAAAGAUUACACACACACACAAUUAUAAAGACAAAUAAUAUAUAAGCAUGAUAUAUAGGAGAUAAAAUAUUGGCAUGUUUUCAGACCUUAUUUCCUUUACCUACACUAACAAAACUGUCUGAAGGGAAAGAAAUGAAAACUGAGUAACUAUACAUUCAUAUAGAAGCAACAUACCACCAACAUUUUGUAUAGAUAUAAUCAGACUGAAUGUCCAUAAAGAAAGUAUUUCUUAUUUCUUAUGUCUUAAUUUUUCAUUCUUAGCAUAACUUAUAAUUUUACCCUUGGUUAAAAAUUCUUUCAAGUUGCUCAAUUACUGAGAAGUAAGUCCUCUUGAGUUCAAUAAGACUUAUUUCCAGGUAAACGUGUACAGGAGUAAGUCCCAUUGACUUCAAUGAGGCAUUUUAGGUUUUAGUUUUAGUAGAUAUGCAGAGGAUUGUGAUAUAAAGGGGCAACACCUGAAUUUCCUAAUAAGCCAAGUACCUGCUUUCCUGUUUCUAUGUUCUGUGUGUCUUCCGAGCUCCUAGUUUGGAUUGUUGAUUCGAACGCUGCCUACAUUUUUAUGAUAUGUUGUCCAUCAGGAAAGAAAUAUAUAAUGGGGUCAGGAGGGUACAACGGGCCCUAAGCAGAGAAUGAUCAUUCGUGCUCUGAGGGUCCUGGCUGGACGAAAGACAGGCUUAAAGUGCAAUAAAUAAAAUAGCUUUUGGGGGGCAGAUCAUCGCAGUUGGCCUCUCUCUCUUUUGUUUAUGGUAACAAGGAUGUGUAAUUUCAUAAGUUCAUGACCCAGCCUUGGUUAUGAUUUUUAUUUCCACACACCCCAUUUUAUGAUGAAGCCCAGGGGGAUAUGGGAGUUAAGGUGCUAAGUAUAUUUUAUUUAUGUAGCAGCUGUCACCCAGAGACUGAAAGAAUAGGCGAUAGGUGAUAAGGUGGGUGUCUAUAGCCUGAGUGAGACGUUGAUACCUCUUCCUUCACAGCUCGGGUUGCAGAAAAAGAAGUAUAUGCCUUACAACCAUCAGCACAAGUACUUCUGGCGUGAGUAUCUUUGUCCCUGAAAAAUGUCACAAGUUUCCACUCCUUUGUCACAGAGCUCAUUCCUGAAGAUACUUUUCUAAGUGAAAUAGUGUGAAUAUCUGCUGGAUAGAGAGUUUUCUGUCAAGGGACUUGCGCUUGAUGGAGUCCGUGAUCCACCUCCCCAAGAGCCAGAUCUGCCACAACUCAUCAGGUCCAGCCAGGAGCAGGGCAGGGCAGGGAGCAGCUGCUACCACAAAAUCCUAAUGAAGGGCUCUUGGAGCUCAUGAGUUUAAAUUCCCUGGAGGAACCAGUCAGAGAGAAAGGGGAGAAAAGUUUCCUGAGAAGGGAAAGAUUGGCCCAGAGGCCUAAGGAGCUUUCAUCUCUUGGUUUCCUGAGAGGUUCUUUCCCAACUUGCAUGAUGUUACAGAGAGCUUUGAAUAGGGGUAUCCCCUGUCCCCCUAUAUAAGGGAACCUGGCUACUGGGGUGCCCCAAAGAGGAUCUUGUGCCAUUUUGGUUUUAUGUAGCAUUAUAUUUAUAUCCCACCUUUCCUCCAGGGAACUCAAGGUGGCCUACAGAAUUCUCCUUCUCCCCAUUUUAUCCUCACAACCCCCCUGUGAUGGAGAUUAGGCUGAGAAUGCCAUAACCUCUAGAUCUCUCACUUCCAAGCUCUGUAGCUCAGGAAAGGGAGCUAUUGGGGUGUAUGUUCAUUCCUGUUGAACUGAGCUCUUGAUGUUUGUCUCUGACGUCUCUGGGGGUGACCCAGGCUCUGAGAAAGGUGAGGUAGAGUCUAUGAAAAAUGAGUUGUUUCUGCUCUGUUAGACCUUUGGAAUCUGGCUUUACAGGGGCCUGGGCCUGAACCCAGCACUAACCUUCAAUAAACUUUGAGCUGAUGUACUUUCCUUGUCUCAUUGUUAGUUGGGGAUGGCUUUUGAGCUUCAUCUUCUCUCCCCUGCUCCCCACGGACCACAGAGCAUUCAAUGUGCCCCUCUCUCAGGACAUUGCCAUACAUAGAAAGGGCACAGGUUAUAGAAUCCUAGCCAGCAGAGUUUGAAAACCAGAGAAUAUAGGAUAAUAGCACACUGCUUAUCUGUUGGGCCAUAGGGUGAAAGUGAGAUAUAGCAGUACGAUCAGCAAAAAAUUGAGAAUAAAAAUGUAUAGCUUAAGAAGAGACAUUUUAGACUAUGCAUUGAGUUGCUUUAACCACACUGCAGGGGAGAAUUGGAACAAAGGUGGCAGAAAUUUUAUCUUGCUGGCCGUCAGCCUCACCCCUUGAAGCAGAUAAAAUGGAGUUCUCAAGUGAGGACAAAUACUAGGUGGAUAAGGGAAAGGCAGAAAAAAGUGAAAAAGAAGAACCCUUCUGUGAGCGAAGACAAGCAAUUCUCGACUUUCUCAGGAAGAUGGAUGGUAGUUUGAAAUUUUUAUAAAGGUUGUUUUUUAAAGUCUUCCUUUUGUUUUUCAACAGUUGUAGCCCCAGCAUUGCUGGUUCCCUUCUUCCAGUGGUCUGUAUUCUACUUCUCAUUCAAGCGCAAAGAAUGGGUGGUAAGUAGUGAUUGAAUUUCCAAAAACAAAAAAAAAUCUAGAUGAGCAUCUUAUCUGUGUUGAUUUUUUCCCCUAAUUCCCACCAAGAAGCAGAUUUCUUUUUAAUCCGUUCCACUAAAAAUGCAGUUAUUGCACAUUAUAUGCAUUAUUAUACAUAUUGUUACAUGCAGUGCUUUUUUCCGGGGGGACGCAGGGGUACACAUACCCCUAACCAUUUUGUGAAUCUUUGUACUUUGGUCCAUUUACUGUAUUUAUUUUCCCAAUUUGAACUAUAAAAUGGUGAUUUUCUUCUUCUUCAAAAUGAGAGUACGCCUAAACAUUUUUUUUAGGUAAAAAAGCAAUGGUUGCAUGCCAUCCCAAUCUCUGCCGAGUGGUGCAUGCAAAUUCAGGCGUUCCAGGCACUUACCCAGGGUUUGUGUUUCCUUUUGGUGGUGCCUUUAUGGUAUAUAGUUGGUUUAUACAUAUAUACAACCUGAAGCCUAGAUGAAGGGGCUCAGAGCACUGCCACCCCAAAAGGUCCCUGCUUCUUCCCUAGCCGUAGCCUUGCACUCAAGCAGACAGCAGCCAUCAUGCUUUGCCCACUCUCCAGCAUACAUCCCUGCUGACUCCCACGUAUUGACUGGCUUCCUCUCUGAGUUCCCAUUGCUUUCUGAUCCUUCUUCUUAAUAAGCUCUGGCCUCUACUAACACAGGGAGAGGAUGCACUCCUUUGAUGUGCUAAAUGGCUCAUAACCUCAAAUGAAAUUAGGUUUUACACUUGUCAAUUGCCUAGCCUUAAAGCAAUGACAGAUAUACACCUUAGGAAGUUUGCCUAGGUUAAUUCACUCUUCACAUAUACUAAUUCCAGCAGCGGUCAACACAACUUUUAAAUACACACGCCACUGUGUAGCAAAAAAUAUAACCUUUCUUUUUCUCCUUCCUUUGACAGGAUCUAGUCUUGAUCAUUUCAUACAACAUCAGAGUCUGUCUCAUGUACAUACCUCUUAUGGGAUUUAAUUGUUUCAUGGCAUACUACUGGCUCUCCAGGUAACACGAAACCUCAGAAUCCUUCUCUCUGCUGAACUCUCAUCUCUUUUUUGUUGAUGUUUAAUCUCAAAUAUCUAUAUUUUUUUAUCCAAUUGUGAUAUACUCUGAACAUAUGUUACUUCCAACAGUUAGGUCCUGCUAGUCAUUUUAGGUUAAACGCUUUCAGGUUGUGCAAAAUGGUCUUCAGUUUGCAUUGCAUCAGCCCCCAGACUGCAACUCAAAUCUUUCGCCCCAUAAAUAUUGUUGUGUCCUGCACACAUUAAGAUGCUAGCUCAACAUGGCCUUUAGUUAACAUUUUAGAGACAUUUAUAAACUAAGACACCAGAAAGAGAAGUGUUUCUCACAUUUUGUUUAGAAAGCAUAGCCAGUGAUGGAAAGGGGUGUGGGCAAAAAAAAAAAAGUAUGUGCCCUGGGCUGCAGGUGGAGGGGCGAUUGCUAAAUUAUGGGCAAUGGGCAGCUGGCUUGCUAAAUUACCGGCAACGGGGAAAAUAAGCACUAGCAAACACAUCUGGCACUCUGCUUCCCUGACCAUGGCAAGGUGCUAUGUCCCCCUCCACCACGGUCCCUCUUUGUUCCAGGGAUCAAGGUGAGGAGGGGGAAGUGAGCUGUGGCACCACGGACCUGCCAGAGCUCCUAGGGUCUCAGGUCCUUGUUUCUUGUUUUCUUCUCUCCCCCGCUCCCCACACUUGAUCACCGUGGCCCUGAGCAAUGUGGCACAAGGAAGACCGUCAGAGAUUGGCACUUCAUUUCCUUCUGUGACUUGGGUGCCUGGGGAUUUGGCAGAGCUGGGGAAAGCGGGAGCAUCACCCGUGGCUGGCAAUUGACUUGCGAGGGGAUGGUUGGUAGGAUGGGGGUGGAGGUAAAGAGCUAGGGGGACGGGGAGAGACAGGUAAAACCAAGUGCACCCUAGCCUGCCUGUGUUUCCAUUUCUGGAAGUGCACGUCUGUGUUUGGUGUGGGUGCACGCAAACGCUGCCUCUUUGCAGCGCAAGUUGGUAGGUGCAUUCAAUCCAGCAUCAGUGCAUCUCAUGUUGGCUGGGGCUGCUGUGUUUUGGGGGGCUGAGCCCUAAGCAUAGUUGGUGGUGGGCCCUGCCACAGUAGAGUUGCUACUCCAAAAGCUGGGAAUCAUCUAAGCUAAUUCUAAGCACCAUGAACGGUUGUGGGAAUGUAGCAGAGGAGUGGGAGAGGGACCUUACAUAUGCCCAGUGGGCUUGCCAAAAUGCAAGUGGGGACAGGAGGUUGCUUUAGUGUUUGUUUGGGGUGGAUAGGGUAAACUGCCUUCUGAAAAAAUGGAAAGGAGAAAUCCCUCGUUUUCAACUCCUGGGGACAGAAGGGGGAAAGGUCAGGCCUGCCUUUGUUCUCUCAUUUGCUUUCUUCUGAUAUUAAUUUCUGUGCACCACCCUGUACACUUAGCCAAGGAUCUUAGCUGCUGCCAAUCAGUUUAAGCAGUCCUGAAAUCCGUCGCUUAAAGUUCACAAUCAGGGAGGCAGGGCAGUCUUUUGCACUUGCGGAUCCGGGACUGGGCAUAGCUGCAGGCUAAGUAGCACAAAUGAUUGUGUUGCUUCAUUUGUGAAAUACUUUACUUAGUACUCAAGGGCCAAGUAAAUAAAUUGGAGAUGGGGGAUUGACAGCAAGUUGGCUUACCACCACAUUCGACACUGUCACAUGGAUCUGCUUGUUUGUUUUUUAAAACCCACCCUUUACCCUAAAGUCCCAGGGUGGGCUACAACAAUUUAAAAUACAUUUUAAAGCAGUUCAAAAACUUACAAUUGAACAUGUCAAUUUCAAAAACUAGAGCAGAUCCUGAUGCUAUAUCCUUCCCUCUUACUGUAUGUGAAGCAGCAACCAUCAGUUGCUUCAUAGAUAUUAUUGGUUUUAGGCUGUAUUUCUUGUUUUAAUGGAUGCUCUUUAUGGUUUAUAUGGAUAUUUUUUAAAAUAUUAAACAGAUGAAUGAAAUGCUAGCUAGAUAUUUGGGUUGUGGUUUGGUGGUAAGUGUCAGGCAUGGCUUAUAUUGCAUGAAAGGAGAAAUACCAAAAAGUUAAGCCAGGCAAGAGGCUUGGGUUUGUCACUGGCCACACACAGACCUCUUGUCACUUUCAUCUUCUCAGCAGUGUACUUUGCAUUAUAUGGGAAAGGAAAACAUGGCAGCUAAAAGAGCAGCUUUGCCCACAUACUGAUUUCAAAAUAGUUUCUGCAGGAUAAAUUAGCCGGUGUGCUAUUUCUUUCCUGAUUAGUCAACAUCAGUUCAUAGUUAGUCAGCAUUAGCAAAUAAAAUUUCCUCUAUUGCUUUACAUGUAAGCUGCAAUGCCAAGGAUAUAAUUUCCUAUAUCUUUUGUGGAUCUGGUUUUUAAAAAGCCAUUGUUACACUGCCUACUUUCCAGUCCUGUGUUAUUUGCCUACUCAGGAAAAUUUCUAAGCAGUGCACAUAAUAAAAUAAUUUUCAGUAAACCCCUCAAAGCCCUUUAAAUAAUUAUCAAUAUGGACAGAGAUUGUAUCAAUAAGACAGAGAUAACAGUGUUUUAUACUGCUUUUUGAUCAAGCUAAAAUUAUGGUCCAUUUAUAGACAAGUCCAGCAUUGCAGUGGGUUUGACUUAGACGACCCAUGUGGUCCCUUCCAACUCCACAAAUCUAAGUGACACAAAUGUCAGAAGAUCAGCAAUUUCAGCUUGAAUUCUUCAAGAUCUUGGGUUAAUUCCUUCCAAACACAGGGAUUUAUUUAGUUUGUCAAUAAAUCCCAGGACUUAGUCUCUUCUUGCCCCUAUUUGGCUUAAUUCUUUAUACUCCCUCCCUUAAAAAUCUAGUUCAGUCGAGUAUCUGACCACUGCUUUCUUCAGAUGAAAAAAUAUGGAAAUAAUGUGUUCAGCUUCACUACUAUUCUCCCAUAGCAGACCUUUUACUUCCUUGUUGUCUAAUGGCCCAGCUAUCUACCUCCUUGGCCAGUUUCCUGAUUUUGAGGUAUCUAAACAAAUAUUUUUGCUGGGCUUUUUUUAAAGCAGACACACUCUUUUUUUAUUUAUUACACUCCCCAAAUUCUCUUUUCAUUUCCAUCCUUGUCGCUGUAUGCUGAUUAUCCUGCAGUUUGCAUUCCUGAGUCCUCCUCAUCUGGGCAGAGCUUCAUUGUUCUGAAGGAAGCUUCCUUGACUCUGCUCCUUAACUGGCAGCCUCCUGAAUUUCAUAGAAUCAUAGAGUUGGAAGAGAGUCACCUAGUCCAACCCCUUGCAAUGCAGGAAUCUCAGCUAAUUUGAUGGCGUCUUUCCUAAAUCUGUGUAUACUUCUUGGAAGCUUCCUUUAGUUUGGUUUUAAAUAAUCUCCCAAGGAUUUUGGAACGAUUUGAACAGCGUUGUCACCCCUUUCAUCUAACUAAUCCCCUUUCCCACUUGUGUAUAUGUUGACAUAGCUGUCACUGUUCCCAGUCAGUUUAACUACCCUUAUAUCUUACACCCAAAGCAUUUAGGAUUACGUCUAGCAUCACCUCCCAUCAGCUCCUUGAUCAAUUGUUUUGAGGCACAAUAAUUUUGUAUACCUGGAAAUCAUGUUUCUCCAGAUUCGGCAGCAAGACAUCAAGGAGGGUUUGGUGCCACCGCGUGGUUAAAGGCAGAAAAGGCAACCUUUAGGGAAGUAGAACUCCCAUCAAGCAAUUUCCUUUCCUGCCUUUGUCAAGCACACAUUCCCAAUUUCAGUUCCCCUCUCCUCAGGCAUUUACCGUAAUUUCCUUUUCUACCUAUUUUUCCCGUCUUUUCCCCCCCUAGGUUAUGUGAGGAUUAUUAUGUCCUCCAUUGUUGCAACACUUCCUCUCUCUCUUUUCCCUAAUCAAGUAUUUUAGUUCAGUUGCUUUUGGCUCUAGAGUUAUUUAUACAGCCUGUCAAAUUUAUACAGCCUGUCAAAUUUAUACAGCCUGUCAAAUUUAUACAGCCUGUCAAAUUCAAAAUGGGCAAUUUUAGCUUUGCUUACCAAAUAUGAGUUGAAAUAAACAUACUAAAUAUGUUUAGGGCAUUGAAAAAAAAUCCCAGAACAUGAAGAUUUCUGGUGUGGAGGCAGCCUUGCUCUCACUUACUAUGGAUAUUUUCUUAGGACUGCUUCGCCUAUUCUAGUAAUAGAGCAAUAGAGGUACAGAUUUAGUGCAAAGUAUGCCAUGAAGUGGGAUGAGGGUGGCGCUGUGAUCUAAACCACAGAGCCUAGGGCUUGCCGAUCAGAAGGUCGGCAGUUCGAAUCCCCGCGACAGGGUGAGCUCCCGUUGCUCGGUCCCAGCUCCUGCCCACCUAGCACAUCAAAGUGCAAGUAGAUAAAUAGGUACCGCUCCGGUGGGAAGGUAAACGGCGUUUCUGUGCGCUACUCUGGUUCGCCAGAAGCAGCUUUGUCAUGCUGGCCACAUGACCCGGAAGCUGUCUGCGGACAAACGCAGGCUCCCUCGGCCUAUAGAGUGAGAUGAGCGCACAACCCCAGAGUCAUCUGCGACUGGACCUAAUGAUCAGGGGUACCUUUACCUUUACCUUUUUAUGCUAUGAUGUAUGCAAUCGGUGUGGGGCAGGGACCUUACAGUGAAGGGUGUACUCUUUGAAGUUUAAAUGUGUACCUGUUUCUAUUUUAAUAUGUAAAGUGGUCCUCAGCAAACAGCUUGAAUAUGGCUGUGAUGGGUUUUACCAGACAAAUCCCAGAUCAACAUACCAAGUUAAGUAACAAGAUGUGUUUUUUGUGUGUGACAAUGCUCUGUAUGAACCAACCCGGACCCUGCAAUCAUCAAUUGAGUCCUUUCGUUGUGUGCCCCCUCCAUGAGAGGCUUGGAGGGUGGCAGCACGAGAAAGGGCCUUUUCUGUUGUGGCUCGCCACUUGUGGAAUGCUGUUCCCAGGAAGGCUCGUCUGGUACAUUCAUUAGAUAUCUUUAGACUCCAGGCAAAAACAUUCUUCUUCUCCCAUGCCUUUGGCUGACUGAACAAUCAAUGUCCUUUUAAACUGGAGGGGGUGGGAUAUUGUUUUGUUUGUUACUAUGUUAUGCAUCUUUGUGUUUUUUUAUUGUAAACCACUCUGUGGUCCUUGGAUGGAUUGUGCUAUAGAAAUUCAAUAAUAAUAAUAAUAAUAAAUGCAUUUGACUUGGCAGGUAUCUAGAGUCCACUUGGUUUACUUGGGUUUCACAAAUGAAUCAUAUCCCAAUGAACAUUGAUUAUGAUAGAAAUAUGGACUGGGUGUCUACCCAGGUAAGACAAUUUCUUAUUGUUCAAAUAAUUAGUUUCUGGUGUUUUAUUGUGCGUGUGUUACGCAAAACAUUAUUGGCACAAAACUGGUGCAUUAUUAGUGGCUUUGGCUUGUUCCGCAGUGUUUCCUCAAUGCUACCACAUUAUUUCUGUCUAGAGGGGCAACUGAUCAACAAAAGUGGGACAAAAUAAAGCAGAGCAUUUGUGGCUCAAAAAGUUACUGGAACUAUGGUAUAUGCACUGACUGGAAAUGAAGCAAUGUGACCACCCCAAAACAUUUGGAAGCGACCCAAACGAUGUUGAAAAUGAGAUCACGUCUGACCACCCCAAUAACAUCAUGAACAAAAAUAAUCAUGAAUGCGCAGUGGAAAGGGUGUCUGAAGGGGCUCUGAGAGUCAUCACAGACACUUUUAGACUAGUGAUGGUGCAAAAGACAAAAAUAUGGAGGGGUGGGUGGGUACUGGAAUACAAUAUAGCUCCAGUUUGGCAAGUCAAGCUGAAUACCACCCCCACUCAUGCUUCGGCUGUGCUUCUGACCGCACAGAAGUUUUUAAUGUAGAGUCAGACAGGGAUUCAUUCAUGCAUUUGUUAAAACAUCCUACCUUUUGUAUUUACAUCCUACCUUUCCAUUAUAUAUAGAAAUGUCCAAGGCAGUCUAAUCAAAAGUUUGAAAGCAAUCAGCUUUUUUUUUUAUUUUUAAAAAGCAACCUUCUCCAUGUUCCCCCACCGAAGGAAGUACAGCAGACACCUGCUAGGGACAUGGAGCCUUCAGUGGUGGAGCCCCCAGGGAGGCUUGUCUUGUGCCUACAACUAUGGUCUUUUUAGCUGCAUCCUGAAUAUCUUCUCGUUCUCCCAAACCUCUUAAAUUACAAUUUUAGAAUUUGCACAAAGUUCCCCCUUGCGGACUUAAAUUUAGUUGGCUGCUGUGUUUUUAUACUGAUUUUUGUUUGGCCUUUUUUUUGCUGGGAUUUUUGUUUUUGUGAUUUGUUUUUUAUCUUGUUUUAGUGUUUCUAGUGAGAUUCUGUAUUGUGUUGUAUGUGUAAAGAAUUUGGGAAACUUGGUUGAGUAGCAUAUAAGUAAAAUGAAAAGAGCACAGAAACAGAAAGAACUGAUUGCAAAUCCAGAGGAGCCAGGGAAAGUCGGGUCUAAGGCCAAAACCAGAAAGAUAUCCAGGUGGCAUUGAAAAAUCCUCAGCCUCUUGCCAGUUUUCCCUGCUGCGAGUUUUCCUCCCCUGUCCCACAAAGAGGUAGCCAGCAUGGUCUUCUCCAGCUGACAGUUCCCAUCAUCCCUGAUCAUUUAUCAUGCUGGCUAGGACUGAUGGAAGCUGGGAAUCAAAUAACACCAGAGAUAUCUUAGUGUAUGUAGAAAAGUGAGGUGGGGGGGAUUUUUGGCAGGGGACUGGUGUUGCUGGGCAAACUCCUCCAGACAGUCUUUCAGAGUUUAGGAGUACUUUAAAAUGUAAAUCUCAAGCUUUUCUGAGAGGUCUUCUUUUUUAAAACAACAACUACUACAAAAGCUGAGCCAAUUGCAAAUUGGGAUGGAGGACAUUUUGCCCAUUUUUAUUUCUGUGGGAAAGGAAUGCUAAGGCAACUCCCAAUUUAUGUGGGGGAUGUGUUCCGUGUCGUGGCAUGCAAUGGCGGAGGGUGCAUAAGGCUGCUCCACUCUGCUCUGCCCUGUCCCAUCCUGUUCUGUCCCUGUUCUUGUCCUGGCCACAGUGCACAGCCGUGUGUCAGUUAGACACACAUAAAUCAGUCGUUACCUGCAAAGCAUCUUUUGGAAAGGUGGGAUACCUGCCUUUCUGACCAUUUCCCUUGAGAAACUGGCUGGAAUGCUACUCCUGUGGGAUCCAGUUGCUGCUACUUAGAGGAACAUAAAAGAUAACUGUGCCUCAUUCAGUUGCAGUCUCUUUGUGUGAAACAAAGAGUUCCAUUGUUCCACAUCCUUUCUUAUAUUUCCCCCUGCAGCUCCAGGCAACGUGCAAUGUGGAUCAGUCCCCGUUCAAUGACUGGUUCACUGGCCACCUGAAUUUCCAGAUUGAGCACCAGUAAGUAGGACAGUGGGAGCCACAAAAUCCUUUGUGCAUCUCCCUAGUGUGUGGUUUUAUGAAAUCAUUGCGAGUGGGAUGGGCAUUCUAAAUAAGAAAGAGGAGCUGAUUUGACAGAACACCCUUUCUUCCCUCUGCAGUCUUUUCCCCACGAUGCCUCGCCACAACUACUGGAAGGUGGCCCCCCUGGUGAAGUCUCUGUGUGCCAAGCAUGGCAUUGACUACCACAGCAAGUCCCUGCUCCAGGCCUUUGCAGACAUUUUGCAGUAAGUAUGGCAAGGGUGCUUUAUGAACUGCAGUGUGGCAAGAAAAGCAAUAAGGAAGUGGAAGAAAAGGGCAAAAAGUACUGGAGCCCUAGUCAGCCAUUAACAUUUACUAGAGCUUGUCCUAUUAGUGUAGUUAAGGGCCGAGGGGAGAGCAACACUGGCUCCACCCUCUGUCUAGUGGCACUUCCAGGUGACCUGUUUAAGCAUUUAUUCCCAUUUGUUUGAAGGGAUGUUGGAUGAUGUUGCAUCAAAGCAGGUGCUAUCCCACAUCUUCCAGUGCAUUUCCCAAUGGCUUUUCUUAUCACUGAGAAGUGUUAAGAAAACACUGCCGUCUAGUGUCCAAAGGCAGGAAACUCAUGAGACCAGCUGCUUCCACAAGUUGAUAUUCCUGUCUUUGGGCGCUAGAUGGCAAUGUCUCCCAUCUCCCGUUUGCUCCAUGGAGAACAGGAUGCUGGAUAAGAUGGGCCAUUGGCCUGAUGUAGCAAGCUAUUCUUAUGUUCUUAACCUGAAUUUGCUGGUGUGUGGUUGAAUCCUACCCAAAAAUAACAACCUGGCAUCUAAGGAACAGUCAAAUAUCUGUUCUGUCCCUUCCUCCCCACCCCACCCCACCCCACCGCACUCCCCAAAUCAUGAACAUCAAAAGAGGCUUUUUCAAACCCUUUCCUUAUUAAGCUCCUCCAGGCACUCCUGUUUGCCUAUGUUUUGCUUUAUGCAUGACAUUGAACAGCUGAAGUGGAAAAAGGGAAAACUCAAGAUACAUCCAGUUAUAUAAUAAUAAUAAUAAUAAUAAUAAUAAUAAUUUAUACCCCGCCCAUCUGGCUGUGUUUCCCCAGCUACUUUGGGCAGCUUCCAACAAAACAUUAAAAUACAAUAGUCUGUCAAACAUUAAAAGCUUCUCUAAACAGGGCUGCCUUCGGUUGGUCUCCUUUAGCCUCACUAGGGAUGGAGGGUGGGGAACAGUUUCGGUUUGCACUUACAGGUGAAGCUUCCGAUUCACACUGUCUGAAAGAGUAUGAGAACUGAAACAUAGCCACCCAAUUUGCACUUUUCCAAAUUUUGCAAUGUAGCUGUUAUGCCAAAUACAAAAUCCCAUAUACUGUAAAGUGUGCAAUAAAUGUAUAUGUUGGUGAUUAAAAAUGGGGGGAAAUGCAUUAUAGUAAGGAAAAUUGCAUGCAAAGAUGUUUAUAUUAGGCAGAUUUCUGUAUUAGGGAAAAAUGAACAUGAUACAAGCUAUACAGGGGAACUGAAAUGCAUAAAAUACCAGUCAUAUCUAAAGCCAAAGUUGUAAAUUCACCUUUUUUCAGGUGAUUGUUCCUAGGAAGCGUAUAUAUUUAUGCACAUCAGGCAUGCUAAAAUUUGUAUGUUAACAGUUUUCAGUACCUUCUUUUUUAUUCAAAGUAAAGCUAAGGGAAAUCUCGCCCUGCUGGUGCAAUUAUUUAGUUGAACACAGCCCCAUAUAACAGAAAUAUAUGCUAUUAAGUGGUCAUGUUUUAAAUAUCUGCACAUGUUCAGAAAAAGAAAUCCAGUUUGAAAUUGUUGAAAUACAAUGUUCAAACUAUAUUUCCUGUGGGAAUAUAUCAUUUUGAACUCUUUCAAACGCUUAGUUUUACAGCAUGGUAAAGCUAAUGUGGCAUACUUUUGAAGUUUAAUUUUCUAUAUGCUAGUCAAAUAAACAUGGUAAAUCAGAAGUGCAUUGAUUUAGGGCAGUGGGAACUGUUUCAGAUUGAUCAACAUCACUGGAUAUGGAAUUGCUGCCUGUGCAUUGAUCAAAGAAGUAUAUAGUAGUGAGAUGUAGUGGCGGGGGGGAAACCCACCUUUCACUUGCCGCAUUGUCCUCUCUUCUUGUUUAAUCAAAGCCCCCACUCCCUGUCUUGCAGCUCUCUAAAGGAUUCAGGAGAUGCCUGGCGUGAAGCAUAUCUGUAUGGAUAAGAAGCAGCAGAGACUCAAGAAGGAGGACCAUGAAGAUGCAUCACAGACUAGAGGGCAGCUAAUGUGCUAUGAAGAAUUUGGGGUCUGGUGGGUGAGCUAGACAAAUAAUUAUUUUUGGCAUGGGGUUGGGGGACUCCUGAAACUUUCCUACAUCUAUGCACAGUUGGGGUUUUUUGUGUGUGUGCACAUGUUGUUCUGGUUGCACUGUGGCUUUUCGGGUGACAGGGUCAUGGAAAGGGAAGGUCUGUGCUUCAUGCAGAAGUACAUCUUGCUUUUUGUUGCGUGUAUGAGUUCGAAACCUGACUGUCGUCUUCCGUAUGGUUGGUGAGGGAUGCUUUCAGAAGAGGUGUGUUUAAAGCAAAAAGGCAGAGCUGCAGUGGGGAACUACAAUGCAGAUGUAAUAUUACUUGUGAAAGCCGCAUGUUAGGGCUUAUCUACACUUACUUUUCCUGUGGUCUUUUCAUGCACGGUCCACACUUUAAAGCUCUGUGUUCGAAUUCCCUUUCCCUUUGGAGCUUUCCCCACAAAAAACUGCUCUUUAAAGCGUAGUUGGAGCAAAUGGCAAUCCGCUGGAAAUCUGAAUCGCUGUUUAUGCUGAUUGAGUGUUAAAGAAUGGAUUUUCAAGGAAAACUCUGGGGCAAAAAAAGAAAACAGCAAUGUUCAGACAUGGAGCUUUUAUAAGUGUUCACCUGUGCCUGGAAAGAGCAGGGCAAGAGGUAAGUGUGGAUAAGACCUUAGUUGAAGGUCAAUUUUAAAUCUUAGCUUCAGCUGCAAGCUCAGGGAUACAAUUUCAGGUUUGCCUAGAGGUAAGGGACCAGAUAACAUAACUGAGUUUAAAGCUGAGUGUGUUCAUGUUUAUUCCUGUUUCAAAACGUGUUGUAUUAAGAGCCGUUGGUUGCAGAUGUUUUUCUUCAAAGCCUCAUAAUAACCAGAGAAAUAGGUGCUCCUGGAGGAUAAUCACAUGUGAUCUGAACUCUCCUCAUGUACCCCUCCUCCCAAACAGCACCUGUUGUGCAAAAUGACCUUUCCAUGCUGAGGUUAGGAAACGUUUUCUCAGCAACUUGUAUUCAUCUAUCUAAUGUUAUCACUGCCCCAACAUCUUCCCAAAGGUGGUUGCCUUCGCAUGGUGGCAGACCAAAGAAGUGCCUCUUCCCCUCCACUAUGCGCUUCAAAGAACGCUUGAGCCUGGCCUCCAAACCAAUGCCUGAUCACAUGACUAGCGCUCCUCUUUUGAAGGAGAGGAAUUGUGUGGUUGCAAUCUCAAUGUAAUCCGGUAUUGGCAUGAAUGCCUCUGGUCAUGGUUCUUUGAAACCACACUCUCUUACUCCAUUACUACACAAAGGCCGCUGCCACUGGGAAUGUGUUACCUGGGGCAAUGCCUCUUGCCUGGUGAUUAUCUGGCAGUGUGAUUGAAAGUAUUAAUAAGUUCAGUAUUUGUUGUCUUGACCCACAAUUGGAAGCAUCAACCUUCUGUUGGUCCUUUAGCACAGCCCUCUUAGGAUGUACACCACUUCAUGUGUACAUAUUUGUAUUUAUUUGUAUCUUUUAAUAUAUUUCAUAAAUUUAUUUGGGUCAAUA